CUCACGGUUUCCCCACCUGUCUGCUUCGCUUUCUCACCUGCGUUCUCUCCUUUCAUUCCGAAGCCAGGAACCCGGAACCUCUGCUUCCGGCCCCGCGUCUGCCCGGAAGAAGAUCGGAUGCACCCUUCCGCUUCCGCGGCCAGGCGACCCUCGGUGCUGUUGCUGCCAGUGAGGACGGAAAGCGCUGCAGCUGACACGCGCCCCACUGUCAGACCGCGGAAUGACGUGGCCCACAAGCAGCUCUCGGCUUUUGGAGAGUAUGUGGCUGAAAUCCUGCCCAAGUAUGUCCAACAAGUUCAGGUGUCCUGCUUCAAUGAGCUAGAGAUCUGUAUCCAUCCCGACGGGGUCAUCCCAGUGCUGACUUUCCUCAGGGAUCACAGCAAUGCACAGUUCAAAUCCCUGGCUGACUUGACGGCAGUGGACAUCCCCACCCGGCAGAACCGUUUUGAGAUUGUUUACAACCUGCUCUCUCUGCGCUUCAACUGCCGGAUCCGUGUGAAGACCUACACAGAUGAGCUGACGCCCAUCGAGUCCGCUGUCUCUGUGCACAAGGCCGCCAACUGGUAUGAGAGGGAGAUCUGGGACAUGUUUGGAGUUUUCUUUGCUAACCACCCUGACCUAAGAAGGAUCCUGACAGACUAUGGCUUCGAGGGACACCCUUUCCGGAAAGACUUCCCCCUGUCUGGCUACGUUGAGCUACGCUACGACGAUGAGGUGAAGCGGGUGGUGGCUGAGCCGGUGGAGCUGGCCCAAGAGUUCCGCAAGUUUGACCUGAACAGCCCGUGGGAGGCUUUCCCUGCCUAUCGCCAGCCCCCCGAGAGUCUCAAACUUGAAGCCGGAGACAAGAAACCUGAAACCAAGUAGCUCCAGGGAAGGCAUGUGGAUCCUAGAAAUGUAGCGCCUUAUCUAUAAUUGAGUGUCCAUGUAAAUAAAAUCCUACUUAGACUCACCA